GUAUUAUAUGAACUAUUAUUCAAGUGCUGUUUUCUUUAGAUUUUAAUCACAUUGUGAACUUUGUAUUUUUCAAAAUUCAUCUUUGCUCCCCGAUUAUUUGCCUGUCAGCUUGUUAGAUCUUUAUAACAUCCUGUUCUAAAUUCGACAUUCAUUCAGUGCCUACCACAUGCAAGGCAGAACACUGGAUCCUGGGUCUAAAUGCAAAAAACAGAAAUGAUAACUGAUCUCAAGAAUGAAUGAAUGAACGAACAAAUAAGACACUCAUUAUGCCCUUAUUAUGUGCAAAACACUGUUAAAUGCAGCGGGUACCAAUAGAAAAAUUAGUCUCCGUUCUCAAAGAGCUCACAUUCUAAUAUGGGAAACAAUACAUACAGGAAGUUCCAGCGGCAAGUCAAAUCGAAAAUUUGACCCUUAGGAUGCAGAGGUGAAGCAGAUAGUAAUGCCUCUUUAAUGUUAUUAUUUAAUGUCACUAUUCCCAGGGCCUUUGGGUUCAGGGUCCUAAGCUGUACCUGUCAGAUUUACCUUUUAUGGGUGGGGCAGUGCAGGGGGAGAUGUAUGUUUUUGUUCAGGAGUUUCGAUCGCCUCCGACCCUUCUUGACCCCAUUUGGGGUUUUCGUGGCAAAGAUAUUGUAGUGGUUUGCCAUUUCCUUCUCUAGGACAUAAGUGUACAGAGGUAAAAAUAUAAGACAAGGUAGGGAUGAGGGUAGAAGGGAGUAGAAAUCAGUGUUUAAAGAGCAUUCGAUCAGGGAGAGAACUACUCAAAGCUGGGGGGUGGGCGGAGCGCGGCGUGUCAGGGAAAGCAAGAUAAGAGGGUGGCAUCUGAGCUGAACCUAGAAGAUAACGAAUCUGAAAAGCAGAGAUGAGGGAGUGCAUUCCAGAGGACGGGAUGACGGCCUUCCUGAAUGCGGGGAGGCGGGAGAUGGAGUGUACUUUGACUGUGAUAGGCACAGGGGAUUCAAAAGCCUGGCGCUUGGAACGUCUGGAUCAAAGGUCGAUUAAGGCGGCCAACCAGAGCCAGGCGUAAUUUCGUUCCUGCAGGAGGACGGGGGGAGGGGAAAAGGCUGGAAAGAGAAGUGGAUGGGGGUGGUGUUAAGCUUUAGAUAAGGGUGCGUAAGGACCUUAGCAGGAAACCUUUCUCAGUUUCCUCAUCUGUAAAAAUGAAGGUUAAAAAUAUUUGCACUACCUGCAGCACAAGGUUGUGAAGAAAGCUCUACAUAAGCGUUAUUACUAUCUGAUAUGUGGGGUUAUGGGGUCGCUCCCCUUUUCUCACCCCGUCCAUCCCCUCCUCCUCCUCCUCGCCCCGUCCAUCUCCUUCUCCUCGCUCCAAGACAGCCCCAUUUUGAGCCAGGUACGCUGCUUGGGCCAUCUUCAACCCCUUUUCCUUGCGCAUCUCAGGGGGCUGUAUGCCUUGUAAGUGGAAGAGGGGACGGGUGGGGUAGGGGCGAAUCCGCAGGGAAACCCCAGUUCCGUGGCAGCGACGAAAACGCCCCUCCUCCCGCCGCUUCGCGGGCAGACGUGCUCCCCGCGCCUUGGCGGCCGAGCCGCCUCUCGCUGCAGCGCCCCUCUAGGAUGCAGCCACUUCUCUGCCCAGAUGCAGGUCGGAUCCACGUCAGCUCCUCCUCGUCCCACACCUCUUACCCCCCUCCCCCCGCCUCGCCCAGCUUCUUCCGGCCUAUUGGUUGCCUGGACCCGAGCGAAGUCUGCGCGAACCAUGUCGAUGGACCGCGAUGGGCAGAUCUCUAGCGCUGCGCGUCACUCAAGGUAUCCAUAUCGCCCCCAGCUGCUCUGAGAAGGACCUUUGUUUCCCAGCAUGCAAAACGCCCCCUUACCCCAGACGCUUCCACCAGAGGCUUUCCCUCCUCCCUACAAUCCCUGGCACCAAAGAAUGUGAAGUGAGUUCAUGGAGGGCUCACGUCCUCGCUCCCCGGGCGGCCCCCUUGCCCUGCCAGCCUUUGACGGCGAGCUGGACCUGCAGCGUUACUCCAACGGGCCGGGCGUAAGCGGGGGGCCGGCGGGAAUGGGAGCAGCUGGCUGGCCUGAGAGCCGAGGGAGCGGGCGGCGCUUCCCGUGCCCAGUAUGCGGGAAGCGCUUUCGCUUCAAUUCGAUACUGGCGCUGCAUCUGCGGGCCCACCCGGGCGCCCAGCCCUUCCAGUGCCCGCACUGCGGCCACCGCACGGCUCAAAGGGCCUUGCUGCGCUUGCAUUUGCGCACCCACCAGCCGGAGCGCCCGCGCAGCCCCGCCGCGCGCUUGCUGUUGGAGCUAGAAGAGCGCGCCCUGUUGCGGGAGGCCCGGCUGGGCAGUGCGCCUGGGGCGCUCCUGCAAUCUACGCCCUCCACAGAGCACCCCCCUCUCCGGCUCCGGCCCCGGCCCGCCCCAGCUCUACCUGCCUUCCGUUGUCCCUUCUGCAAAGGCAAGUUCCGCACGGCCGCGGAGCGUGAACGCCACCUGCACAUCCUCCACCGGCCUUGGAAAUGCAACCUGUGCAGCUUCGGGUCCAGCCAGGAGGAGGAGCUGCUGCGCCACAGCCUGACAGCUCAUGGAGCUCCCGAGCGCCCCCUGGCGGCCACCUCGGCUGGCACUCAGCCCCUGCCCCUGCCCCUGCCCCUGCCCCUGCCCCUACCCCAGCCAGAAUCCGAGUCGGCCCCGGAGCUCGAACCUGAGCCGGAGCCGGAGCCUAUCCCAGCUCCAGCCACCGCCCCCGAGGAGCCUCCAGCACCCCCAGAGUUCCGUUGUCAAGUCUGCGGCCAGAGUUUCACUCAGUCCUGGUUCCUCAAAGGCCACAUGCGCAAGCAUAAGGCCUCCUUCGACCACGCCUGCCCCGUCUGCGGCCGCUGCUUCAAGGAGCCCUGGUUCCUCAAAAACCACAUGAAGGUGCACGCCAGCAAGCUGGGGGCCCUGCGUGCGCCCGGGCCAGGCUCGGGCCCCCCUCGGGCCCCUCCUCCUCCUGACCUGGGCUUGCUGGCUUACGAGCCCCUGGGCCCCGCGCUACUGUUGGCCCCUGGGCCGCCACAGGGGGAUCGAGGCGAGCCCCCGGGCCUGCUGGGCUACUUGAGCUUGAGAGCUGGGAAAGCCAGGCCCAACGGGGAGGGCACUGAGCCCGGGGCUGGCCGAGGCUUCGGGGGGUUCCGCCCGCUCCCGGUUCGGGAGCGUCGUCCCCGCCUGGAAGAGCAAGAUGAAGAAGAGGAGGAGGUGGUGGUGGAAGCAGAGGAGGACAGCUGGACUCGGAGCAGGGCCCUCGGAGCUCUGGCUUCACUUCAUAGACGGCCAGGGGAGGGCGCGGGUCAUCCGGCCCCUACUGCAGGGGGCCAGCCCCGGCCUGCAGCCUCCCAGGAAGAGAACGGGCUGUUAGUAGGGGGAACACGGCCUGAAGGGGGCCGGGGAGCCUCGGGCAAGGACUGCCCCUUCUGUGGGAAAUCCUUCCGUUCUGCACACCACCUCAAAGUGCAUCUGCGGGUGCAUACAGGUGAGCGCCCCUACAAGUGUCCCCACUGUGAUUACGCUGGUACCCAGUCUGGCUCCCUCAAAUAUCACCUGCAGCGUCACCAUCGAGAGCAAAGGAGUGGAGCGGGACCGGGGCCGCCCCCGGAGCCUCCGCCCCCACCUCAACGGGGCUCAGCUCCAUCCCAAGGGGCCAAACCCAAUCCUGCGCCCCCAACCUGGGCCGAGGGUGCCAUGGGCUCCCGCCUCCCUUCCAGCGCUAUUGCCCCCUCCCGUCGUAAACCUGUGAGCCCUGGGAGGACCCUGCGCAAUGGGCGAGGUGGCGAAGCCGAGCCUCUGGACCUGUCCCUGCGGGCGGGGACCGGAGGUGAGGCCGGAGCCGGGGGCUCCCUGCACCGCUGCCUCUUCUGCCCUUUUGCCACCGGAGCUCCCGAGCUCAUGGCUUUGCAUCUGCAAGUGCAUCACAGCCGUCGGGCUCGGGGUCGCAGGCCACCCCAGUCCGCUCCCUCCCCUCCCUCCUCCGCUUGCGUCCUGUCAGGGGAGUUGACCCCCAGCCCUCCGCAGGAUAGGGAUGGGAGCCCUGGGUUGUCCCGACCGGGAGAGGCGGCAAGGGCUGGGGUGGGAGGGCAGGAACGGUAGGGAGCCCAUUUAGGGGCAGGUAGCAUAGAGAGAGCGCUCGCCUUGAGGGAGCGGGAAAUCACUAGAGGUAGUUGGGUAGGGCAGCCAGCAGGGGGCAGCUCGGAGCCCACAUCCAGUCCUCAGGCAGAUCUGGGCAGAGCCGGGAGAAGUCAGCCUGGGAUGUGUGGGUUGGAGGGCGGUGUCCACCCUGUCCUGGGGAGAGUCACAGUGCCUUAGAGUGGCGGAGGUGGGGUCAGAGAGCAGAGUCCUAGGGCGGGAAAGGGAGUCCGGUAGAGGGGGCCACCCCACCAGUCCUUGCUGGUCCAUAGCUGUGAGAGUUUAUUUUUGUACGAGGGGGACCGUCCCACCCUCCUCCUGUCCCUAGCAGGGGUCCUGUAGACGUCGCUAUUUUUGGUACGAUCCCCACAGACCCGGUUUACCCCAAUAAACAGGUGUCUUAAGG